ACACCUGCUGCACCUGAACUCUAUAAAUGAGAUUCAGGCCGUUUGUUCUCGGGAUAGGAACAGGCACCUCUCCGGGCGCCAAGCGGUCAUCCGCUUCCCCUGCCUUCCUGGAGGCCCUGACCCCGCUAGCCCCAAGUGAGGGACAGGGGCCUUCACUCGGCUGCAGACACCUGCCCGGGGCGCAUCCACGCCCAAACCCCCAGCCCACGGGGGCAGCGGGUGGCGGGCAGCAGGCGAGCAGGGAGCAGGGGCGCUGGGCGGAGUGGGAGGAGGAAGGGGCAGGGGCUGCCAGAAGCUGAGGCCGGUCUGGGAGUCAGUGCUGCGCCCUUGCCCGACAUGAGUUCGGCGCUGGAGUUCCGAGGGACUGGCUGUGCAGGUGAAGAACACAACGUGACAGAAACAGAUGCCUUCCCUAGGAGAGAAAUGUUUGAUCCAGCAGAAAAGUACAUAAUGGACCACAAGAGGAGAGGAGUUGCUUUAAUCUUCAAUCAUGAGAGGUCCUUCUGGCACCUGACGCUGCCGGACCGGCAGGGAACCAGCGCAGACAGAGACAAUCUUCAGCGCAGGUUUUCAGAUCUAGGAUUUGAAGUGAAAUGCUUUAAUGAUCUUAAAGCAGAAGAACUACUGCUCAAAAUUCAUGAGGCAUCAACCUCUAGCCAUGUAGAUGCCAAUUGCUUUUUGUGUGUUUUCCUGAGUCACGGUGAAGGCAAACCCAUUUACGCAUAUGAUGCCAAAAUUGAAAUUCAGACAUUGACUGGCUUGAUCAAAGGAGACAGGUGUCAGAGCCUGGUUGGAAAACCCAAGACAUUUAUCAUUCAGGCAUGUCGGGGAAACCAGCACGAUGUGCCCGUCAUUCCUUUGGAUGUCGUGGAUCAUCAGACAGAUGUGCCGGAUGCCAACGUAACCCAGGUGGACGCUGCCUUAGUGUGUGCACUGCGUGCCAGAGCGGACUUCCUCAUGUGCUACUCGAUGGCAGAAGGUUGUUAUUCUCAUCGGGAAACGGUGAACGGCUCAUGGUACAUUCAAGAUUUCUGUAAGAUGCUGGGAAAAUCUGACUCCUCCUUAGAGUUCACAGAACUCCUCACAGUGGUGAAUAGGAAAGUUUCUCAGCGCCGAGUAGAAUUUUGUAAAGACCCAAAUGCAAUUGGAAAGAAGCAGGUCCCCUGCUUUGCCUCACUGCUAACUAAGAAGCUGCAUUUCUUUCCAAAAUCUAAAUGAUAGGUGCUGUUUUGUUUUAUGUAUCUGUAUUUAAAAUAGAUUUUCCCUUCUUUUUAUAAAAAGAAGUAUUCCUAGGUUGAAGUUUAUGGUAUAGCAAUUUAAAAUGUUUUAAGCUUUAAUGACAGAACUUCAAAAAAAUAGUUCAUAUUGGAACACAGUGAAGGGGUUUGAUAUGUAGUAAUGAAAUCCUCAGGGAAUUCCUGUAAGUUAAAAAUGCAUUAGCAUUUCUAAUACUUGACUUUUAUAGUAAAUUGCAAGGUUACUCAUAAUAUCUGGCUGAUUUAACUUUUAUUUUCUGACUU